AUGGCCACCAAACUCCACCAGGCAAACGUCAAUCACUCCGCGGGGGCCCAGGACUUACUCCUACAGGUCCUCGCGGAGCGAAAUGGCGGAUUAGCGCUCGUGUCGGAGCCGCACCACAUCCCUGAGAGGGACAGUAGUUGGUUGGGGCUCCGGCACGAGUUCCAGGGCGCUGCGAUAUACUGGCGCCCGAAAGAGGCGUCUCUCCGCCUUAAAUUAAUCAGGGCGGAAAAAUAUAUUGUGGCGGUGGAGUGGGACGCAAUGAGGGUGGCCUCAGUGUAUGCCCCCCCACGCUCGGGGGUAUGGUCGAGGGCCCGUUUUGGGGUGUUCUUGGAGCAAGUGGGGCGCGUGCUAGAUAUGUACGCCGCCCACCCAGUGAUAGUCGCCGGGGACUUCAACUCCCUUCCCAGGGAGUGGGGUUCCCGGCGGACGGAACCCGGAGGCCAGGAUCUCCUUGAGUGGGCGGCGACGAGGGGCCUGAUCUUGAUUAAUUCAGGCUCCGUGAGCACCUGUGUGCGCGCGCAGGGCGAGUCCAUCGUGGACUUGACCUUCGGUAAUCGCCCUGCGGUGCGCGCAGUCAAGAGAUGGAGGGUGGCGACCAAAACGGACAUCAACUCUGAUCACCUAUUGAUCGAGUUGUCCGUGGUCGCCACCCCGACGGAGGUGCUCCGUCGUCGCCGAGAGGGGGCCGAGUUGAGACCACCGCGCUGGGCACUUCGCCGCCUGGACGAAGUCUCUUUUAAGAUGUCUGUGAUAGCGUCCUCUUGGGCAGGGAGGGUUGAAUCUCCCCCAUUGCUGGCCCGGGAGGAUAUUGAAGAGGAGACGGCCGGGCUUGGGGAGGUCAUGGAGGCAGCCUGUGACUCCUCCAUGCCCCGAGCUCGGCCCACCCCCCGCGCCGUUUAUUGGUGGUGCGAGGAGGUGGCGGAGCUACUUGGGUCCGUCAUCCUCCUCCGCCGACGCGUGCAGCGCAUGCGUGCGGUGCGGCGGAAGGGAUUGGAAUGGGAGCUGGCGCGCAGGUCUCUCCGAGCCGCGCGGAUAGACCUGCGCAAAGCCAUAGUCAGGGCCAAGGCCCAGGCAUGGCAGCGGUUGCUCGAGGAGCUCGAUAGGGAUCCAUGGGGGCGCCCAUACAGAAUUGUCCUCGGACGCUUGAGGACAUGGGCGUCCCCAGCCACAGAGAACCUAGACCCCCAGGCGCUCGACAAUGUCGUGGGGGCCCUCUUUCCUACGGCGGGGCCGGAACCCCUGCCGUACGAGGGCCCCCACCUGGAUAGGAGACGCGCCUGGAGGUCACUGAGCAGGAGCUCGCAAUCGCUGCCAAAAGGCUCGGGGGCAAAUCUAAAGCCCCUGGGCCGGAUGGUGUGCCUGGCAGGGCAUGGGCCUUGGCCCUGA